AAAUGAACUCAUGGUCAGUAAUAAUUGCUAAGAGACUCAAAUUCCUUAAACCUUCAUGUUGAAAUUUUACUUCCUGUUGUGAUGUAGUUAUAAAAAAAUAAAUAUCUUGUUUGUAUUCGUCUUUUUAAAAUAAUUGUUUCGCCUUGUUUUCUUCUAUAUUAGUGUUGCGAUAUCGUGUACUGAAUUUAAAUUCUAUCUAUAAUCAAAUCGCAUAACACCUUACGUAAUAUACUUUUCUAAAAUUAUAAACAUCACUUAUAUCUAUUCGCAACUUUCUAUUUAUAAGUCUAAAGAGAAGCUAAUUGUUGAAUUAAAUCUAUAAGGACAAUUGCAUAUUUAUAUAUUUCUUUUUCGUUGCCACAUGUCCAAUUUAGCAUAUUAUAAACUAUCCCUCGUAACAGUUUCUGCUUUUCGCCACUCCCACUAGCGAUCUUCUUUACUUUCUCCACGGUUCCGUUGAAAAUUGCAACAUAAUUUUGCAUACAAGAUCGAAUGCAUAAACUUCCAAAUAAAUUAAUAUCCCACAGCUGUACGACAACAAAAAAAAGUAAGUGUGUCACUAAACGAUAUAAGUUUAAAGUAAAAGUUGGCGAAAGUGUUUUUGUUGCCCUUACAAUAUGACGUAUCAAUGCCGGCGAUUUGCAAGUAAUUCAACGAAAGUGAGUGACUCACAAUGUAUACAAAGUGAAGUGUCAUUCAAAAUUGAAACCACCCACGUUUAAACAAAUUGAGAUUAAUAAAUUAUUACUGCAGAAAAAAAUGUUAUUAUAUUGAACAAAUUAGGAAAAUUUUAAAUAUACGGAAAUAAAUGAUUAUAAAGAAUAAAGAAAAUUGAACAUAUAGUAUAUUUCAUUAUAUAACCUGAAUUGAUGAUUUUUAACAUCUUCGUUUUUAACAUUAUAUUCCAUGAUGUUUUGUAAGUUUCUUUUUUUUAUAAGAUUGAGGAAAACUUUGCUAUACAGACUGGGUAGUAGUAGUAAAUCUUCUAAUGUAUAGUAAUUUCUCAAGACAUUGUCUAUAUAAUAUAGAAAAUGCUAAAAUUUUAACAGAAUAUGAAGUACUGGUUGUCUACCUAUUAAGGAUCUUUACAGGUGCUACAAAAUGAUCAAUUAGGCAAAAGAUGAAAAAGAAGAAUAAUCAUGUGAUAUUUUAUUGAUUUAAAUUUAUUUCUUCAUAUAAACCAUUAAGUAAGAGACUUUCAACUAGGAGGAAAUCAAUUUUCCGUUAUUUUGGCGACAGAAAGGAGAAGGGUUGCAAAAAUCUGUCAUUGGUGAUUAUGAUGAAGUGAUAUACCUUUGUAAAUAUUAAAAAGAUAAGUGGGACAGGCAAUGAACUUUGUAGUCCGGACUAAAGAAUAAAGUAUUCUAUUUAUUAAUGUCAAAAAUUAAAUAAUGUAAAAUAUUUUAAUAAAUGAUAUGAAUUAUUAACCGCGUUUAGUGAAUUUUGUAUAGAAGUGUGUAGCAAUAUCAGUAUUAAAGUUUUUGACAAUUUAAUUCUAAUUUUGUAAUUUUGACCUCGUAAAUUAACAGGACGAUGUUGAAAAUUUUGGCGUGUUUCACGAUACUUCUCUGGAAAUUUAAUACGACUUGUAUGUGGGUGCCUGUAGCUCACAAAAUGAAACUUUACUUCUAAACUGUUACAGUUCCCUUGUAACGUUGGUACAAUAUAAACAUGCUUCGCAGCAAAGUUGAAUUUCGAUUAUAUUUAUUCACAGACAAUUCAAAAUUGAAAUAUCAAAAAACAGAGGAAUAACAUUGAGUAUUACUUACGGAUAUGCCAGGGCUGGUGGUAUUUAGAAGACGAUGGAGUGUUGGUUCAGAUGAUUUGGUUGUACCUGGAGUGUUUCUUUCUACUGUACAUUUGAUAUGGACCAUUAUACUGAGUGUGAUACUCUCCCUAGUAAAUUACGACAGAAGCGUUUAUUCUAUUUUUUUACUAUGGUGUCUGAUUAUCGGAUAUCUAGUCAUAUUAAUAUUUUCUAUGCUCAUCGAACUCGUCAUCUGCGUAGUGGCCAUGCGUGGAAGCAUUCUAGAUACAGGCAAAAGAGCCUCUAUGCAGUAUAUACUCUACCUCAGACUAACUGUGAUGCUAGUAGAAGCUGCUUGGUUAUCAGCAGGAAUAGCCUGGUUAGUAAAAUAUUAUUUAGAAUGUCCAAUAGAUAACGCCAAGGAAAUUGUUUUAGUUAUGGUAGUUUUCAAUUGGUGCAUCCUUUUCUCAGUGAUAAUAACCGUUUGGUGUACUUACGAUAGCGCUGGACGCUCAUGGGUCAAAAUGAAACAGUACCAAAGGUCAAUGAGGGAAUCGGAAUCCAAGUUUCAGUACAAAAGAUCAGGUAGUACGAGGAAUUGGAGACAGAGAAAAGUUCUUAGAGCUUAUCAAGACAGUUGGCAUAAUAGAUGCCGUUUUCUAUUUUGUUGUUCAACGUCCGAUAGAAAUAGGAAUUCUUUUACCGAUAUCGCAAGAUUAUUAUCGGAUUUUUUUAGAGAUUUAGAUGUAGUACCUUCUGACGUCAUUGUGGGUUUAGUAUUACUACGAAAAUUCCAAAAAAUCGAACGAAAAGCGAUAGUAGAACAGCGCAAGAACGACACUUACGAGUUUCUAUCGGGAGUGGCUAUCACACCGUCAACGCAGUUUCUAUCUUUACAUGAAGAAGGCGCGGAUCUAGAACUGUUUCAAUCGGUGAUCCAUUUCGCUCACUUCGCUGUCAAAGCAUACGGUUGGCCAGUCUUCAUAAUAAAUAACCCGUUAGGAAUGUGUAAACUGUGUCCUAGUCUGAGGUAUUUAGAUACCGCCGUUUCGACACGCGCACUUAAAAUUUUCUUUUGUUUUAUUUGUUGUUUCAGGUGUUGUUGUUGUGUUCCUAUUAGACAUAAUACAUCUCCGCAGAUAGUCGACGAUAACUGUUGUCAUUGUAAUUAUGCUGCAACUGAAAAAUUAAGUAUAGUCGGAGAUAUCGAAAUUAUUUAUGCUACUUACCACGUAGACAUAGGCCAGACACCGUUCUUUGUAGCUUUAGAUUACGAUAGAAAAAAAAUUGUGAUAAGUAUUCGAGGCACUCUUUCCAUGAAGGAUAUUCUAACAGAUUUGAAUGCUGAAGGUGAAACAUUACCUUUAAACCCACCCAAAGAAGAUUGGUUGGGUCAUAAAGGAAUGGUUCAAGCGGCUCAGUACAUUUUGGAAAUAUUGGAUGAGGAACAAUUAGUUGAACGGGCUUGGGCUCACAAUCCUGAAAGGGGUACUCACGAAUUUGAAUUAGUCAUUGUGGGACACUCUUUGGGUGCUGGAACUGCUAGUAUACUCGGGAUAUUGUUAAGGCAAAGACAACCUACUCUUCAAUGUUUUUGUUAUUCUCCACCAGGAGGUCUUCUGUCAGCUCCAGCUGUUGAUUAUACCAAAGAGUUUACAGUCUCGGUAGUGGUAGGAAAGGACGUUGUACCUAGGAUAGGACUCUAUCAAAUGGAGACUCUCAGAACUGAUCUUAUUAAUGCCAUUAAAAGAAGUGUUGAUCCAAAAUGGAAAACAAUCUCGUGUAGCGUCCUCUGUUGUGGGUGUUCACAACCAACUUCUGCUGUGGAAUUGUCAACUGGAGAGAAAGACGUUACUGAAUAUAUGAGGAGUAAAGAAAAAGCACGAGCGAUAAGCAUUCAUCCAUCGGAUUGUACGAUCGCCUUAUCUAGUCAUCCGCCAUUAUACCCACCUGGAAGAAUGAUACACAUUGUUAGACAUCAUCCAACAUCCGGACAACAAAAGUAUGAAAAAAGAUGGAGACAAUCAUUAAAUAGAAAAGGACCAGUGUACCAAGCCCUAUGGGCGCGUAAUACGGAUUUCGACGAAGUAUUAAUAUCUCCCGUUAUGGUUACGGAUCAUAUGCCGGAUAAACUGCUGGAUGCUUUGAAUAAGGUUGUAACCAGCAAAGGUCCCAAAAAACCUCAACGUUCCGCUUCAACCAGCGAACCCUCUUCCAACUAUUAUUCAGCCCCAUCCUUACCUAAUUGCUUAUUAGAAACAAGUUUCACUUCUUUACAAAGCCCUUCCAGUAAUUCGUCCAUAACCAACGGUUACUAUUCGACCAGAAGUCAACAGUCUCCAGUUUCUUCCACACCUAAUAUCAUUUACCCGAAGCAGUUGCCGUCCAGGGAAGAACCAAAAACUGUAUGCAGAAGUUUAAGUCUCAGUUUAAAAAGUACUACUAGUACGCAGAGAGCAGAGCUGAUACAUGAUGAUUGGUUGGGAUUAGCUCCACUAGCUAGCCCUGAGAGUUUGUCGGAAUUGUCUAGUAUAAGUUCUAGAGCUAGUUUAGUUACUACCAGUAAUGUUAUCGUCGAGAUUAAUCGUACACCGAAGAUUAUACGGAGAACACCUAAAAUUAUUGGUAACUUAAGUUCUUGCGCUGAUGAUAUAAGAAACAUUCGAAAUUUCCAGAAAGCUAAAACUUUCAGAACAAGACUAAUCACCAAUAAUAAUAUCGAAAGUUCAUCUAGCAGUAAUUUGAGCUACGAAUCGGCAUCAAGCAGUACUAAAUGUUGCACGGAAAAUGGUACUGCCGAUAACAGUAGUGUGAUUAAUAAAUGCUGUGAAGUUGACAACGAAACGAGCGAUGCUGAAUUCCAAUCAGCAGAAGAUAUAUUAGACAACGUUCUCGCCAGUGCCGGAUGUAAAGAAUUUUUUAACUCUGAUUCAAAUAUUUUAGAAGUCAACUUCGACUUUCUACAAGACCAAUCCGCUGAAAAUAUAACUUCGGGAUAUUACGCUAAUUCUCCUAAUUAUCCAACGGUUAUGUCACCUUGUUCACCUCUCCCCAUUGAUCAAGAUAUGAUAUCUAACUUAGCCAUAGAUCUAAAUUUGGAUGAAGACCAUAGAUCUAUAAAAUUUCAAAGACAACCUUCUAGUCAACCAUCAAGCAGUGUAGAUUCCGGGAGCGUUUGUCGCACACCUUCAGACAUAACCAAAAAUGUGACCUUCAAUCCAGAAGUUAUCACUGUAGACGCAGUCAUUCGCGAACGACGUCCUUCACCGCCUAGAUGGCGGCAGUUGUUUCGGGGAAAAGCUUCUAGACAACGACCCGAGGUUACGUCGCCUAUAGUCGAAAUAAAUACCAGUGCCGUGCCAAUAAAAACGAUUCUAUCGGUUAAAAGGAAAAGUCACGAGGAUUUGGAAACUUCGGUACCGAGUGAUUUACCGUUAAAAAGUGCGUUAUCGAAAAAGAACAACGAGGAAGGCGAGCAGUGUUUUUCGAGGACAGAACAGCUACCCCUGUUGAGUGGUUUGAACAACAGCGCGAGUGAAAGAAAGCCCAGUCCUUGUUACGUGAGAAGGAAAAAAUACGUUUAUCCUUCGGAUGUAGUUAUGAUGACCCAACCGAAUGAAAGUGCUGUAUAAAAAUGACAGUUUUAACUAAAAAUAUGUAUAAAUAUUAUAGA